AUGGCUGGUCUUGUCAUUUUUUCUUUGCUAAUCUCUGUGGUCUCAUACUGCAGCAAUGCGAAACUCAGUGACAACGUCGACAUUACCUGGUCUGCAGAUCAUGUUGAUAGAGCAAAUGAAGGGACUGAGCUCCUACUCAAGCUUGACAAUUCAUCUGGGUCCGGCUUCAAAUCCAAGGAGCAGUACAUGUUUGGAACCAUCAGCAUGGAGAUCAAACUCGUGCCUGCCGAAUCUGCUGGUACUGUGACGUCCUUCUAUUUGCAAACGGACUCCACCCCCAGUAUUGGACCAGAUUACUACGAGUACGACUUCGAGUUCCUUGGAAACGUGUCCGGGGAGCCUUACAUCGUCCAGACGAAUGUUUACGCCGGAGGCAAAGGUGGCCGAGAGCAGCGCAUUUACUUGUGGUUUGAUCCCACGGCGGACUUCCACACAUACACCAUGUCCUGGACCAAGCAACACACAGUGUUUUUGGUGGAUUCGACUCCCGUGAGAGUUUUCAAGAACAAUGAAGAGAAUGGCAUUCCUUACCCCUCCAAGAAUCCCAUGACGAUGCGCUCUAGCCUGUGGAGUGGGGAAGAUUGGGCUACGCGAGGUGGGCUCGUGAAAACCAACUGGAACCACGCUCCCUUCAUCGCUUCCUUCCGGAACUUCAUUGCCGAUGCCUGUGUUGUCUCUCAGGGUCAGGGUCAGGGUGGCGAUGAUUCCUCGUGCUCUAAAUUUCUGCCAAGUUCUUCUGCAAGCUCCUUUAGCUCUGCCAAAAUGGAAGGCAACCUUGGAUCCGAAAAGCUAGGCUGGGUGAGGAAGAAUUACAUGAUUUACGACUAUUGCACUGAUGCUCUCCGAUAUCCAUCACCUCCACCUGAGUGUUUUCUCAUUUAAUUGUAGUGAUCUUAAAGUGUCUUCUCAUUUGAUUGUAAAGAACUUCAAGUGAUCUUAAAAUUGUGGAUCAUUUUUCUUAUAUAUUAUACAUUGGUGUUUACAUUUUGGAGUAAUAUU